UUCCUUGAGGGGAAUUCAUGAAUAAUUUGGGAAACAGUCCCCAAAUGUUACAUAAUUUGGGAAGGACCAUACAUCAUGGUCACUGCACACUCAUGUGAUACUAAAGCCAAGCAGUUUUCUGCACACCAGAAACACUGGCAUUUUCACACUCAGAGAAGGAAUCUGUGAGCAAGAGGAGCCUCAGAAGUCAGGACAGGUAGGAGCAGGGGCGCAGCUGCGAUGGCUUCAGGAAUCCUGCUGAACAUACAGGAGGAACUGACCUGCCCCAUCUGCCUGAAGCUCCUGACAGAUCCCCUGAGCCUGGACUGUGGCCACAGCUUCUGCCAAGCUUGCAUCACUGCAGACAAGGAGUGUGUGAUCGGACAAGAAGGAGAGAGCAGCUGUCCGGUGUGCGGAGCCACCUACCAACAUGGGGAUCUGCGGUCUAAUCGGUUUGUGGCUGAUAUAGUAGAGAGGUUCAGGGAGGUCACAGUGAGCCCAGAGGAGGGGCAGAAGAAAGAUCUCUGUGUGCACCAUGGAGAGAAACUCCAGCUCUUCUGUAAGGAGGAUGGGAAGGUCAUUUGCUGGCUUUGCGAGCGGUCUCAGGAGCACCGUGGUCACCACACGUCCCUCGUAGAGGAGGUAGCCCAGGAGUACCAGAAGAAGCUCCAGGCAGCUCUGGAGAGGCUGAGGAGGGAGCAGAAGAAAGCUGAGGCGUUUAACAGUGACAUCAGAGCAGAGGGAGCUUCCUGGAAGGAACAAAUACAAAAUGAGAUAAAGGGUGUCCGGGAUGGCAUUAGACUACUAAAGUUAAUCCUGGACAGUGAGGAGCAGAAGGAGCUGCAAAAGCUGAAGAAGGAGGAGGAACACAUCCUACACAUCCUGGCAGAGUCUGAGAAUGAGCUGGUCCAGCAGAGCCAGCUGGUGAGAGAUCUCAUCGCCGAUCUGGAGCAUCGGUUGCAGGGCUCAGCCAUGGAGAUGCUGCAGGAUGUGAAUGGCAUCAUGGAAAGGAGUAGGACCUUGACUGUGAUGAAGCCAGACACCCUUUUCCAUGAAAGAAGCAUCAGAAUGUUGAAAGCUCCUGAUCUGAGCAGGAUUCUGAAAGUGUUAAAUGGUGACAGAGCACCAGUUGACUACUCCCAUCACGCAUUUUUGGGGUCGGCAUUUACUCUCUCCGCUGUUGUGCUUCUUCUGUCCGUGAAGAAGAUAUAUAAUGAGAAAGAAUUAUUAAAAUGGAAAUUGGGUCUUCUUAGUGAUACCAGUAUGGUAGACUUUACUAUGCAUGUACACAUAAACCUUUUUUCUUUGAAAGAAAAAACACACCAGUUGUUGCACAGCUGAAACAGCUUCAGGCAGAAACAAAACCAAUUGUGAAGAUAUUUGAAGAUCUGGAAACCAGAAGGCAAAUGUAGCCAACCAGGGAUGGUCAGAUGCUAUUUGACUACCUGGCAGACAAGCAUGGUUUUAAGCGAGAAUAUUUAGAGACAUUCUACAGAUGUGCAACCUUCCAGUAUGAAUGUGGGAAUUCCUCUGGAACAGCAAAAAGUCUUUACUUCUUUCAAGUGUCGGUUCCAGCAAUGGAUAGAAGUGCUUUGAGUUCACUCUGGGGAACACUGCCUCUGGAAUGUUAAUGCAGAAUUGGGAUGCAGCCAUGGAAGACCUUACACGGUUAGAAGAGACCAUAGAUAAUAAGUCUGUGAGUGCUGCACUCCAGUCUCUUCAGCAGUGAACAUGGCUCAUUCACUGGUCUCUGUUUGUUUUCUUCAGUGACCCCAAGGGGCUUGAUAACAUUAUUGAUCGCUUCUUUACCACCCACAGUAUCCUAAUGCAAUUCUGGAGAUGUGUCCUCAUAUUCUUUGAUAUUUGACUACUGCAAUCAUCAUGAACAAAGAUAUUUGGAAACGCCAGCAGGUGCUAAAAGACCUGGUCAAAGUUAUUCAACAGGAGUCUUACACAUAAAGACCCAAUUACAUGGUUUGUUGAAGGCUUAUGUGUAUACUUGACUUUGAUGUGACUCAGAAAAAGCUGAGGGAAUGUGAAUCUGGGCUUGUGAAUGACUUGUUCUUGGUGGCUUGUCUUGAGAGUUUUGUUGGAAAUGCCUAUCUCUUCAUAUUUGAGAGUUUUUGUUGAAUCCACCAGUGUAAUUGCAUUAACAUGUUGGCAGAUAAACUGAACAUGGCUCCAGGAAAAGCUGAAAGGUGGAUUGUAAUUUCAUUAGGAAUGCACUAUUGGAUGCCAAGAUUGAUUCUUAAUGAGGUCAUGUUAUGGGUAACAAUGCAGUCUCACCUUAUCAGCAAGUGAUUGAAAAGAAAAAAACCUUUCAUUUAGAAGUCGGAUGUUGGCCAUGAAUAUUGAGAAGGAAGGUAAUCAGAAUAGUAGGUCAUAGGCUCCUAAUUGGGCAACUCAAGACUCUGGUUUCUGCUGAAGAACUAUAAAAAGAUGAAAAAAUUUAUAAAAAAAAAGAUGAAAUAAUAAAACCAUUACAU